UUAGGCAUUUUUCGCAACAAUCGACUAGAACUACUUGUUUGGUUUUGAUUUAUUGGAAGUUAUUAAAAAGGUAAACAACGAUCCAAGAUGACAUCUAUUGCCGGAGGCCAUGGCGAGCCAAAUCCCAACAGCUCCUGGCUGAGUGCCCGUGGGUUCUGGUUGGCCUACCUACUGGGCUUGUUAUCCGUGCACCUGCUGCUCUUAUCAGUGCCCUUUGUCAGCAUUCCAUUUGCCUGGACAGCGACCAACUUGCUCCAUAAUGCGGCCCAUCUGUACUUUUUGCACGUAAUUAAAGGAGCUCCAUGGCUGAGUACCGAAAACGAUCCCAGCAGGAGAUUGACUCACUGGGAGCAGAUUGAUGAUGGUGUUCAGAUGACCACAACCCGGAAGUUUCUUACAGCAGCUCCCAUUGUCCUGUUCCUCCUCACUUGUUUGUACACCAGGAAUAGCACGGAACACUUCAUAGCCAACUUUGUAUCCCUAGUCGUGGUGACUCUUCCCAAGCUACCACAAUUCCAUGGUGUUCGUUUGUUUAAUAUUAACAAGUACUAGGAACCCAGACGGAAG